AUGUGGCAAAUCUGGAAACAUAGAUGCAUAAAAGUCUUUGAAAACAAAGGCACUCAUCCAAACAAAAUCAUUAUGUGCAUCAAGAAUUUUUGUUUGAAGUAUAAUAUCUUAUCUCAUGGCACUAACAAUAACUGCAGGGUUGGAGUGUUGAAACCAAAGAAGAAAUGGGAAAAAACCCCUGUUCAGUGGAAAAAACUGAACUUUGAUGCUGCUUUUGAUAAAGAAACUAAAACUUGUGGAAUUGGUCUAAUUUUAAGAAAUUGUGCAGGAAGAUGGUUGGAGGCCAUGGUGAAAGUGGCAAAAGCAAGAGACUCAGAACAAGCUGAAGGUCUAGCUCUGUUAGAAGUUGUAGAAUGGAUCAAGACUAAAGCUUGGAGCAACAUCAUCAUUGAAGGAGACUGCAAAACUAUCAUUGAGGCUGUGACUUCAAAUUUUGGAAAUGUUUUAUGGCAGAAUCAUAAUCUUCUUUCGGAUAUUAGUAGAAUGGUUGAAUCUCUUAAUAAUAUUGAAUGUACUUUUAUUCCUAGGACUAGUAAUGAAGCGGCAGAUGGGCUAGCCAAAUAUGCCAAGAAAUUUGCAUGCAAUCAAGUGUGGUCAGAGAAACCACCUAGAUGCAUCCACUCUAUUUUAGAGAUGGAUAACUCUGUGUAG